GGGGGGUGGGCGCGACCGGCGACCAACCAGCGACCAACCGGCUAAGGACUGAGCAGCCCAGAUUUGGCCACUCUUCUUCCAUUCUUGACCAAUGUCGGCUUCGGACUCAUCGUCUGCGUCUGUCUCGUCUGACCCGGCGGCAUCCGAGUUUGACCCGACCCUUAACAAUCCGGUUGUGUGCAAUCAGUUCCGUGCUGCUGCCGAGAUUGCCAACUAUGUGCUGGAACAGGUGGCGGCCAUGUGCGUUGCUGGAGCCACGCCGUUCGAGGUGGUUCAGCAGGGCAAUGAGCUGCUCCUGGCCAGGUCGGCCAAGAUGAUGAAGAAGGCCAAGUUUACGCGUGGCGUGGCCAUUCCGGUCUCGAUCUCGGUCAAUGAGUGCCUCGGCAACUACUCGCCGCUGAGCCAGUCGCCGGAUGAGGCGCCGCUCGCGGUGGGCGACAUUGUCAAGAUCGACCUUGGCGUUCACAUGAACGGCAUGCCGGUUCAGGUCGCCAACACGAUUGUGGUCGGCGCCUCGGGCUCGGACGUCGACCCGGCGGUGGCAUCCGUCAUCACUGCAGGGUACACCGCGCUGCAGGCGGCCAUCCGCAAGUUCACCGUCGGCGGAACCAACGCCGAGGUCACCGACGUCAUCAAGAGUGUGGCCGACGCGUUUGAGGUCAACGCUGUCGAGGGCGUCCUCUCGCACGAGGUCUCGCGCUUUGUCAUCGACGGCGAGAAGUGCAUCAUCAACAAGGAGACGCUCGACCAGCAGGUGGCUGCGUGGACCUUUGAGGCCGCCCAGGUCGUCACCUUUGAUAUUGUCGUCUCCACCGACGACGCCAAGCCGCGUGUGGUCAACGAGAACACCACCAUCUUCAAGCGCGACCCGACCCAGCGCGGCGCGCUCAAGUCCAAGGUCGCCCGCCGUGUUCUCAACUUCGUCGACCGCGUCGCCUCGGCCUUCCCCUUCACUCUUGCCACCCUCUCUGUCCUUGGUAAGGACAAGAAAUCGCUCUCGCUCAACGAGGGCAAGCUUGGCAUGUCGUUGAUGGCCAAGUCCGGCUUUGUCGUCGACUACCCCGUCCUCCACGCCCACGACAACGCCUUCUCGGCCCGCUUCAAGGCCACAGUCGCGCUCAUGCCUUCCGGCCGCCGCAUCGUCUUGUCUGCCCCGCCGGCGCUUGACGCCGAGCUCGCCCCGACCCACAAGAUCGAGGACGAGGAGCUGCUGGCCCUGCUUGCCACCAGCGCCGAGACCAAGAAGAAGAAGAAGAAGAACAAGAAGAAGAAGGCCCCUGCUGCCACCACCGAGUAAUCGACUUCUGCUACGCUUGUCAGCGGCUCUACGACCUCAGCUGCUGUUCGCCAAGUAAAGUAUUGCGUCUUCA